UAGUUGGCAGCUCACAGUCUGAUGAAGAGUAUUCAUACAUAAGAGAGCGGGUUGGAGAAAUCUGAAGAAGAUCCAAAACCUGAUUUUGAUUCUUCCAAUCAUCCAGCUCAUUCAACACAUAGCAGCAAAAGGGAAUCUUCUACAUCUGAAAUUCUGAACUAAACAACCACUUCGUUCUUCACAGUUACAUUGAGGACGGAUUUUCAAAGAGAGAGAAAUGGCUUCGAAUUCAGACUCAUCGGCAUCGUUAACUUCUUCCAUCGACAAGGCAGAAAUGAAGAAAAAGGAGGCAUUAGGAUGGAUGGAAUGGCUCCGUGGUUGGCUAUACCUUGCUUAUGAGAUGCUAUUCCAGAGGAUUACCGCCAGCCACUUGCACAAUCCGAUGCCUCUUCCUUCUCUUCAUGAUAUAACCUGCAUUGUCACUGGAUCUACCAGCGGUAUUGGCCAAGAAACUGCCAGGCAAUUGGCAGAAAAUGGUGCUCAUGUUAUAAUGGCUGUGAGAAACCCUAAAGCAGCUCAUGAGUUGAUACGAAAGUGGCAGGAGGAAGGAUCAGGAAUGGGUAUUCCACUUAAUAUUGAGGUUAUGAAGGUAGAUCUUCUUUCCUUGGAUUCUGUCGCGGAAUUUGCAGAAGAAUGGAAUGCACGUGCAGCACCAGUGCAUGUUCUCAUAAAUAAUGCUGGGAUAUAUUCUAUUGGAGAACCACAAAAGUUUUCUAAAGAUGGUUAUGAAGAACACAUGCAAGUGAAUCACCUUGCUCCAGCAUUGCUUUCAUUACUACUUUUGCCAUCACUUCUCAAAGGUUCUCCCAGCCGGAUAGUUAACCUCAAUUCAAUUAUGCAUUAUGUUGGAUUCGUUGACGCAGAAGACAUGAAUGUUGUUUCUGGGAAAAGAAAAUUCACAAGUUUGAUUGGCUAUUCAAGUAGCAAAUUGGCACAGAUUAUGUUCAGCAGUGUUCUUCACAAGCGGCUUCCUGCUGAAGCUUCCAUAAAUGUACUAUGUGCAUCUCCUGGAAUUGUGCAUACCAAUGUUGCAAGGGAUCUUCCGAAAAUAGUUCAAGCUGGUUAUAACCUGAUACCUUAUUUUAUCUUUAAUGCUCAAGAAGGUUCUAGAAGCACACUUUUUGCAGCCACAGAUCCUCAAGUACCGGAAUACUGUGAAUUGUUGAAAACAGAUGAAUGGCCCGUUUGUGCCUUUAUAUCUCAUGAUUGUCGGCCCACCAAUCCUUCGGAAGAAGCACACAAUUUAAACACUUCAUACAAAGUGUGGGACAAGACAAUGGAGAUGAUUGGCUUACCUCUAGAUGCAGUUGAGAGGCUUAUAGAAGGUGAAGAAGUGAAAUGCAAGUAUGGAAGAAAGGAAGGCUAAUGAAUCAUAUAAGCUACCACUUUUCUUUCAUAAAAUUGCUAUUUUCUUAUAUUAUAGGUUGUACCAUUGUUCCUUAUCGGGCCGAAAGUUAGGUUAUGUUCAACGACUAAUUUUUAUUUUUUGAGUUCCUACGCCUCCUCGGUUGCCCUCCGAAAACUUGCAAUCUUAGUGUGCUAAUCUUAACUAUUGAAUAAGGUUUCUUAAUAUGCCAUUAAUUGGAGAUUGGUCUUUUA